UUCACAGCAUCACCUGGCAGCAUUUUGAAUGCUUCAUCACCCCGUGGAAUGAAUGCAAAAACAGGCUUGCCGAUGUCGCAGACUGGUUUAUCUUCCGAAGGCACAGGAAGCACACGUUUCGGUGGUAAAGAAGGCAUUGCAGAUGUGCUGAAGGAUUCCAAGGAGUUACUUAACUAUCAUCCAAGAUCAUGGACUGAUGUGCGUAUGCAGCCGACAUCUAGCUCGUAUGGUUUCAUUGGGAACAAGAUUGUUGCCAAUGCUGCCUCUCGUGAAAGCAGUCUAUUCUCAAGUUCAUUGUCUGAUAUGUUUACUCAAAAGUUGAGAUUAAUGGGGAAUGAUGUUUUCCGGGAUCAGUCUGUUUCCGUUGGUUCCCUUCCUGAGGAAGAACCAUAUAAAUCUCUUCAAGAAAUUGAGGCUGACACUAUUGGGAAUCUUCUUCCUGAUGAGGAUGACCUGUUUUCUGGUGUUGCUGAUGAGUUAGGAUCCAAUGUUCAUGCCAAAGCAAAUGAUGAUUUCGAAGAUUUUGAUUUGUUUAGCAGUGGGGGAGGCAUGGAGUUAGAAGGAGAUGAACAUCUAGUUUCAGGAAAAAGAGCCAGCGGCUUAGAAGGAGAUCUUGGUUAUUUCGGAGGUUCCAAAGGAAAAAUUCCUCUUGGUGACCAAUCUUCUAGGACACUUUUUGUUAGAAACAUUAAUAGCAAUGUAGAUGACUCUGAGCUGAAGACUCUCUUCGAGCAAUAUGGAGAUAUCCGAACCAUGUAUACUGCUUGCAAGCCUCGCGGUUUUGUCAUGAUUUCUUAUUAUGAUAUAAGGGCAGCACAAAAUGCAAUGAAAGCACUCCAACAUAAGUCGUUGAGAUCUCGAAAGCUUGAUAUACAUUAUUCAAUUCCAAAGGGCAAUGCUCCAGAAAAGGAUAUUGGUCAUGGUGGUGUGAUGAUAUCUGGUCUUGAUUCAUCUGUUUCAAAUGAGGAACUUAAGCAUAUUUUCGCAUUAUAUGGAGAAAUUAAAGAAAUAUAUGAAUCUCCUGAAGUGAAUCAUGUGAAAUUCAUCGAGUUCUAUGAUGUGCGAGCUGCAGAAGCUUCUCUUGGUGCUUCGAACAGGAUCUGCAUUCCUGGGAAGCAGAUCAAGCUUGAACCUGGCCAUCCUAGAAAUGCUAUUCUAAUGCAGCAGUCUCAAAAGGGACAAGAAGAACCAGAUUUUGUUCAUAAUCUUAGUGAUAACUUAUUAAGACAGAACGCAACAUCUUCUGGAGCAGCCAUAUCUGGUGGCAGCUUGGAGAGUGGAUAUAAUCAGGGGUUUCAAUCUGCAAAAAGGAUACCUCUGAAUGGUUUUGUUGAUAAUGCUUUAUAUCCUGUGGGUUCUAGCAUACCAAAGAUGGCAAGAGGGGCUUCUGGUGGAAAAGUAUCCGGAGUUUACGAGUCUGCAAAUGUUGUUGAUGCAAUGAAACUGGGAUCUAUUACAAGGUUCCAUCCUCAUUCUUUACCUGAGUUUCAUGAUGGUUUAGCUAGUGGUAGUCCCUACAACUUUUCAAACCCCAUCAGCAAUGUUGCUGCCAGUAUUGGAACUGGAUCGACAGAAUUGUCAGACAGCAGGCAUAUUCAGGGGAUUGGCUCACCUGGCAACCUAGCCGAAUUUAAUGCAGUAGUUUCAGGAAACGGGAGCCGCCCGCCUCAGGGACUUUAUCAUAUGUGGAACAACUCCAACUUGCAUCAGCAACCUCCAUCAAAUGCCAUGCUUUGGCAUAAAACACCACCAUCCUUUAUUAAUGGUGCUGGUGCUCCUGGUGUUCCGCAGAUGCCCGGCUUUCCUAGAACACCACCUCAUGUGCUGAGAUCAUCACAGAUAGACCAUCAUGUCGGAUCAGCACCGGUCGUUACUGCCUCACCCUGGGAAAGACAACCUUCUUACUUGGGAGAGUCUCCUGAAGCUUCUAGUUUUCGAAUGGGAUCUUUAGGAAGUACAGGUUUUCAUGGUUCUUGGCAGAUGCAUCCUCCGGACUUGUCUUCUCGCAACAUGUUUUCUCAUGUGGGUGGGAACAGUACAGAAUUGUCAUCCAGUGCUGGGCAGGGAUCUCCUAAGUUGUCACAUUUUUUCCCAGGGAGACUUCCCAUGAAUUCAAUGCUGAAGUUUGAUUCGGCCAAUGAACGGAUGAGAAGCCUCUAUCAUCGUAGAAGUGAAGCAAAUACUAACAGUGCUGAUAAAAAGCAAUAUGAGCUUGAUCUAGGCCGCAUAUUGCGCGGGGAAGAUAACCGAACCACACUUAUGAUAAAAAAUAUUCCAAACAAGUAUACUUCAAAGAUGCUUCUUGCUGCCAUCGAUGAGCAAUGUCGGGGAACUUAUGAUUUUCUGUAUUUGCCAAUUGACUUUAAGAACAAAUGUAAUGUUGGCUAUGCAUUCAUCAACAUGAUUGACCCUGGUCAAAUUAUUCAGUUCCAUCAGGCUUUUAAUGGGAAAAAAUGGGAGAAGUUUAACAGUGAGAAAGUAGCUGUACUUGCAUAUGCCCGAAUUCAAGGAAAAGCUGCUCUGAUUGCUCAUUUCCAGAAUUCAAGUCUAAUGAAUGAAGAUAAACGUUGUCGCCCCAUUCUCUUCCACACGGAUGGCCCAAAUGCUGGUGAUCCGGAGCCUUUCCCCUUGGGAAACAAUAUUCGAACAAGGCCAGGAAAAUCUCGUACGAGUGCUAACGAUGAGAAUCGCAACCAAGGGAGUUCUUCAGCUGCAGCCGGCGGGGAUGAAUCUGCUAAUGGAGUAGAGUCAUCCUUGAGUUCAUCGAAAACCUGACCAUAGUAGCCUCAGGCACUAACAGUACUAUGCUGUAUUUCAUGCCAACCCAAGUAUGUAUAUUGACAUUCUCUUUUUUGAUCAGUCGACAUGGAGUUGGAGCCGUUAGGACAGGUGGGCUCACAAUUUUGGCUUAUAGAGGAGCCUUUGCAGGAGUUUUUGGAGGCCGAGGACCGAGGUACAUAACCAGAAUGAAGUUGCUGAUAUUUAGUGUUAUCUUUAUGUUUUCCUUGCAUGGCGUCGUCAUGCUACACUGGACAACUUUAGAGAGUAUGGCUUAACCGAAAAGCUUUAAAUUUUGGCUAGCUUUGAAUGGACACGACAAUUUGAAGUUCCCUUUGAGAUUGGUUCACAUACAUCAUUGUGAGUCUCAAACUCUUCAAGGAUGUUUUGUUCUCAAGAUUAUCUUGUUUAUAUUUGUAUUUUUGGUUUAUGUUGUUGUAUCCCUGGGCAUUGGUGUCCUAAAGGGACUUCGUCUUUUUUAACUUUUUUUUUUUAAUGUCUAUAUAGAAUGUUAUUGUUGAAGGAAAGGCUUUAAUUUGAACAUUUACUUCUAUGGUACUAGUUUUGUUCAGAUUUUUGCUUAUGUUGAUUGGUAUUUCUGAAUUCCUGGCAUGAAAUGGGUAGAAACACUACCUAAUAUGAUGCUUAUACUCAUGUAGGUUUUCAUAACCAUACCAUAUUAUAUUUAUUCAAAUAUGAUUUUUACUUUGAGGCA